AUGACUGGCCCCAAAACUUUUAAAUUAAAAGAUACAGCUCCACCUCAAAGAAGGCGAAGAGGUCGCCCCCGCAAACGUCCCUUGCCCAAACCAGAUGUUUCCCAAAAUUUCAGUGGAAUUUCACCACCUGAUCAGAAAACCUUGAACCCUCCAGCUCUAUCCAUGUUGCAUACCGCAGCUCUCCCAGCAGCCAAUCAGACCAGCCUCACUCAGCCAAUGGACUGGCUUAUAGAUGACGUCAUUGCGCAGCUCCCAUUUAUGCCCAGCAGUCAAAAUGGAAUAACUGUAGAUUCCAACAUGGAUCAUACAAGAACACAGUCCUCAGUUAAGCUCACAGAUAUGGGUAUAAUCCAACCGCAGUCUGAAGGUGAGCUGACCGACAUACUUGAUAGUUUUCUGAGAACGUUUGAGCAACAUGUUGGUGUAUGCGAUUCAGACGUCCAAGAUGGGAUGAUGCCCAACAUAACAGAUGGAACCCGGACCUGUGGACAGAGUUACACAGUCCACACAAAUGCACAUGCCACUUCUGUGAACACAACACAGGGAUCAAAAGCCUCAUUAUCCAAAAAGGGACCACGAGUAUCAUCUGCACGUAGACUGCAGAAACCAUCACGUUUUUGGCAGGUGUCAAGUGUGAAAAUUGAAAAAUCAAAAGGACAGCAAAGUGAACAGAAGCCUAAAUCUGUCAGGAUGACCAGGAGCCAGAGUAGGAAGAGGAAGCUGGAUGUUAUUGAAGAACUGCCUAGGAGAGACGAGCUCCCAACCAAACGGAAAAGAAAAAGAAAAAAAGAACAAACGGUGAAGACAAAGGUAGACGCUUCUUUACUAAAGAAGAAAAAGAGAAAGAAAAAAAAUAGCAUGCUGCAUAGUGAAGAAAAGUGCACCGGUAGCACAGCUGACUCAAGCUGCAGUGUUGCAAGUGCAUUAAGCAAAGUCAUAAACACAGCUAGUGGCCAAAACAUGAAGUGUGUCACACAAACAACAAAGGCUUUGGAUCGGUCAAAAUCCUCAGAGCUGCAUGCUCACAAAGUGUCCAGUCUUGUAAAAGAGAAACAAGUGGGACAUGCUAAAAGAGACACAAGCGAGACUCUUCUAGAAGGAAGUACGUUAAAGAUGCAGUGCAGUACAGGGAGUUCACAACCCAAGCUAUCAGCCACAAAGAAUAAAUCCACUGGGUCCCGUCCAGCUCUUUCUGCUUUUGAGUUAAUGAAAAAGAUCUUGGAGAAUCACCAGAAGAGAGAGGAAGAGCACAAGGGAAAAGAUCACAGAAUGUGGACUGUGAAAAGACAGAAAGGAAAGGAAAGGCUGACAAAUGCGCAUGUGCGUGGAGCUGAGGUGAAAAUUACUGAGAAUAAAGAGAAGAAUGCUAGAAUCAGGGUUGAAGGGCACAAUGAAAGCAGAAUAAACCAAAAAGAUAAGGAAAGAAGUGGGAGAAUAAAAGAAGCUGGCAACCAGAAGAAAAUUUUUCUUCAGCAGAAUCUGCCAUCAACUAAUGGUUGCAGCAUGUCAAAAGGAGAGAGACUGAUGGAGGAUGACUACAGCAAGCCAAGAUCUGAGACUGCUGACUCUCUCAAUGAUUCUCCUUUGCAAAGAUGCAGCUCAGAAGGCAUCAUGCUUACAAACACAGCAGACAAGUCUUUUGUCUCACAUGCACAAGAGCCCACCACACCUCUUGAGAAACUCGGAAACCCACAAGGGUCAAUAGCCAUUUCAGAAGAGGAUGAGGAUGUUGAUGUUGUGGAGGUCUCUAGUUCUUUGUCCGAGUCCUUCUCUGUGCCGCCAAUCACUGCAGAUAUUGUGCUCAGCACAGAGGACAGUGAUGAAGAUGACGAGAUUGAUGUGAUAAGUUUAGGAUCUAAUUAAGUGUGUAGCAAUUUCUGUUACUGUUUAUUACUGUUUAGCUUCAGAGUUCUGAAUAAAUGUGUGUUGGUGCUUAUUUGAAACACUAUUUCAAAUGAUCAGACUUAGAACAUGGUACCUUUUCCCUGUGUAUAAUUCAAUACAUAGUUCACACAAGGUGACACUUGGCAGUAUUUGCUCUUUCGACUUUGGUGGCUUCAGUUUCAGGCAUCAGAAAUUUUUAUAGAUUUGUGUUCUGAAUGUUAAAGUUUAUUUUGUGUCACAAUGAUUGGGACUGCUAUUAAUGCAUGCUGAGUUUAUUUGUCAUUUGCCGUAUUUUGUAGACAUGUUCGGAAUUAAAAGACAUGGAUCCAGCCUUGGUUGUUCUUGUGUUCAAAUAGGGGAUUCCACAUGUUCAAAGGGUG